CCUGAAAAAAUCUGGACUUCGUCGGCACGGAAGCGGAAUGCUGUCUAUUUACUUUUCGCCUUUCAUAAGUUCAGUUGUGAAAUCGAAAGUUGAUAGACGUGACGAUGAUAACCUUCGUUUACAACUCAGCGAUGCGUCUUUGCUCUCAAUGUUUUCGUUUAUUUGCUCAAGAGACUUCUUGUUCUGUUUGUCAGAGUGUCAGAACAGGUUCCCGUCUUGUAUAUUCAUGGCCACUUGUUAGAUCAAUGGGAACGUUGCAGACGCCUUUGACCUCCGCAGUGGGAAGGCAUGUUGGUCGUCACAGUAACAGUUACCUCCGACAAGGGCAAGUUUUAGGGAUAUCAGGCCACUUUCCUGUUGCUGGACCAAGUUUAUUCUCCCAAGUGCAAACAUUUUCAACCUCAGGUCCACAGCAACCACCAAAGAAAAAGUCAAAGGAAAACACAGGAAAAAGUCCCAUAUCAUGGAAAAAUCUCCUGAUUGUUGCCGGCAUUGGUGGCGUCUUUCUGAUUGGUAUGAACUACGUGAAAAAGGAGAAGGAACUGGAGAGACAGAUUGCGAAGAACAGAAAAAUGGGCAAAGCAAAGCUUGGCGGUGACUGGGAGCUGACGGAUCACCAUGGCAACAGACGGUCCAGCGUUGACUUCCGGGGACAGUGGAUUCUCAUUUACUUUGGGUUCACGAACUGCCCAGAUAUUUGUCCUGAGGAAAUUGAGAAAAUUGUUGCAGUCCUCGAGAAGUGUGAUGCCGACUCCGACAUGCCAAAGAUCCAGCCAAUCGUGAUCACAGUAGAUCCGGAGAGGGACACAGCCGAGGCCUUGAAGGAGUAUCUGUCCGAGUUCUCUCCCCGCCUGCUGGGCUUCACGGGUACGAUAGAGGACAUUAACGCGGCCACCAGAGCCUACAGAGUCUACUUCAGCGCCGGGCCGAAGGAUGAGGACAACGACUACAUCGUGGACCAUUCCAUCAUCUCGUACCUGGUGAACCCCAAGGGAGAGUUUGUCGACUACUUUGGCCAGAACAAAACCGCCCCGGAGAUGUUCAACUCCAUGAAGCUGCACAUUUACACCUACAACCGCAACGAGAGACACAAGUGAAGUGGCCCCCCGUUGAACAAUACAUUAUCGCCGCAAUUCGCAGACAUUUCACGACUGGUGACGGUUCAGAACGAGACAUACAUAGCUGCCAAUGAGUGCGUAAAAUAUUUGUUACGAUAUAUUGAAAGUCUGAGAACUGAAGGCUGUUUUCAUUAUAUCAGAAAAUAUGUUUUCUCUCUUUUUAUAGUAUUGCUACUUAUGGACUUACCAGAAUUGAAGAAAAAUUUAGGAACUGCCAAGACUGGGUUUGUCAAUAAAAAUGAGAACAAAG